AUGGCUUCACAGCAGCCCCAGCUGAGGAGUGGCGUCGAUCUACAGCUCCAAUCGGCCUUUAGCGAGGGGAACUGGUCUGCGGUUGUGCGCCUGGCCGACAAACGAGCACGCACUCUAAAAGACCAGUACUAUGAGAUCGUAAAAAUCGCAGCGGAAGCUCAGCUAGGAGCUCCGGUGGACAAGUCGUCGGUCGUCUCCUACGUGCAGAAGUUGCUCAAGGAUGGAACCACGGUCAAGGACGUCGAGAGCCUUGAGCUGCUUGAGUGGGCGUGCCAUGACAUCAUGCCCGAGUCCUUUUUCCUCGAGGCGAUUGGACCUCUUCGUGUGAGGCUAGUGAAGUCCCAGCCUAGAGACAAGAUCACAGCUAUAGAUUGCCUGGAGUCCUGCCUGCUUCACUGGGAUCUUAGUAGCGCACAGCAAAUAGCCGCUCUCAUCGAUAGAACGUUCCCUCAGGAGCACAGGUUCUUCUUCUGGAAUAUCGUCACCACUUAUCUCUUCUCGCGGAGUGAUCAAUGCCCAGCAGACAAGCGGAAGCUCUACAGGGAGCUUUCGACCAAGCAAAUUCAGAAGGCCGCUCAGGUGGCAGAACAAGCCAUUGAAGCCAAGGAGCAUAAUUUGCCCGUCCGCGGGAUCCAGAGUGAGGAGGAAAUUCUACUCUUGUUUGACAUGCUAGCCUCCCGGGAUGACCCGACCGAACUCAAGCAGGCCCUCAAAGGGCCUCUACUCAACCCGAUCAAGGAACUGCGACUAGGGAGGAAAGAGGUUCUCCUUCGCACUCUCGAUUUCCUCAAGGAGAAGGAGGAAUGGGAGACGCUCUACACUAUCGCCAAGGAUGCCCUGUCCGAGAAGGAAGAAAGGGACUACCAGGUUCUUCCUUCUCUCCUCGCUUGCGAUUGGAGGAUUUGGCAGCACUUUAUGGAGGCGGCAACCCAUGUCAUGCUGUCAGAUAUACAGGUGAUCGAGGACGUCACCUCGCUUUUCGCUAGUCAUUCGAAAGCGACGGACCAGAAACCGGUAUAUGUGAGAACAUUGGCACUGGUAUCUGUGCUCAUCUCCUUCGAGUUUGGCGAUAUCGGACAACCGGCGAUGACUUUGAAACCUGCAGACUCUAGGCGAGUUUUGAAGCUGGUUAAUUUCAUAGAACAGCAAUAUAGCAGUCCGGCGUGCUUCGAGGACAUUAAACGGUUCGUGGAGAGGUUGAGCACCCCGGAGCUGAAAUACCUUGCCUACGAGCGGUUGCCCGAAAUUGCGGACGAGGCUGAGGGCUACAAGUCGGUGGCCUUGAGGGUCUUGACGUUGAAAAUACGCUACCUAAUACAGACAAUUCCUCAAGGAGACGGCUUUUUGCAGGACGAUCUCAAGAACGACGGGCACGGGCGGAACAUCGAUUGGGCAACGAUCGCUGUCGAUAGCCUUUCGUUGUAUCGAAAGUUAGAGGACGUUGACGCUGGGGAUGAAGAAAACGAGCGAGCUCGACAGGACUUCCUCCCAGAAUUGGCUGUUCUCUCGGCGGUCAGUCUGCUGAGGAAGGGCGCAUUCGAGAAGAGGGAUGCGUUGGUGGGGCAAGCGUCAGGCCAGUCCACCGGCUUCCGAGACCUCUUGACAGCGGCGACGAUCCUAGAGCACCAACUGCAAAAGACGCCUAAGCACAGUGGCAUCCUGUUCCUACUAGUCAGAAUAUACCUGGGGAUCGGAUGCGCCCGGAGAGCCGGUGAAGUAUGGAGUAGCCUCGACGUGAAGCGAACGAUCGUCGACUCCCUGGCGCCCAUCUUCUUCGAUCGUAUCAGCGGCAUCGCGCCGGACGUGGCAUCGGGACCUCUCCUCGCAAGCAGCGUGCAGUCGCAUUACCUUAACUCGUUGAGGUUGCGGAUGCCUCGCCGGCUUGCAGACGCUUUUGAUUGCGAGAGUUACUCGAGCAUAUUGCAGAUUCCGGAGAAUACCGGGAAGCUGAGGACGAGUUGCACGAUGGCUAUGGGGUAUGUGGAGGAGCUGCGGGCGCAGAGGGCUAUGGGGCUUCGACGAGGAGAAGGCCUGAACGCUCUUUUACUGGGUGAGAUUACGGAUGAGACAGAACUCUCUGUCAGGAUCGACUAUGGAUCCUUCCCGAACCUUGGAAGCAGCUUUCAGCCUCCCCUCCACGAGGUCCUGUCCGUGGGACCAAGGCUUUCGAAUAACCGAUCCCACCUUUCUCUCCUCGCAGAGCAAUACUUCUCCCUCCUAACUUUCAAAGCCCCAACAGCCUACAAACCCUCCAACCCCGCCCUCGCCUCUACAGCCGACCACACUCUCAUCAUCGAGUCCCUCUCGCGCCUCGCCAACUCCUUCAACAGGUUCCUCCGCGGACCCAAAACCGAACUCCUCCCCCACGAGCGCAUCUACUACAACCUCUUGUCGGUGCUGUCGUCCCUCACCCUCGACGCGGUGAAUUCCAUCCGCUCGCGACCCGUCAUCGAGUCACUUCCGGCUCUCGUGGCCUCGGUCACGGAUUCCUUGGAAUUACUUCUGGACCUAGCGGCGGCGGGACAAUCUGAUGCGUCUGCGUCGGAAAGCAUCCUGGGGACACUCACCUCGCUGAUUCCGAUAUCAUACGUCCGCGACGCGGCUAGUGCCGUCCGGGCGGCGACGAGCUACGUGCAAGGCUACCAUGAUCGGCAGACCGCGAGGGACCGCUCCGGCGAGACGGGGCUUCGAAAGGAAGUCCUCGCGGAUAUCAAGAAGCUGGACGGCUCCGCGAAGGAAGCCCUCAAGGAGGCGCAAGGGUGGAUCGCGUCUUCCAGGAGAGAUGUCGCUAAGGCUGGGUUCGUGCAGCAGCUGGCUCGCUUCGUUAAUGAAGUACCCGAGGAGGGGAGUGAUGAGAAGUUGGAAGAGGUGGUGAAGAAGGUUAUCAGGAGGGAGGGGGACGGAGAGGUUAAUAUUUGGGCUAAGAGGGUUGUGGAUGGGUGGAGGAAUAACCUGGACGGAUGGAUGCAGGUAAAGUGGGAGUAG